AACAGCUACCCAUAUAACUUAAGAGUCACGAUGGGAUAAUCAGGGCAUGAUCAUGAUACAUUUGCUGAAUAAAUACUCGGAAAGGCAUCUACAUGGACCGGAAGUGCCGAAUUUGAGGGUACAACUGAUCUACCUGUAUCACCUGUGAGUUCUGCUGUAAAUUGUUUGGCCAGCACCGAGUGGGCACAGUCAUUGUAAACGCUGGCUUUCGCACCUGGCGAUCUUGCCCCGCCUACCCCUCCUCGACCUCCUUGCCCCCGCUCAAUUUUUUCCUAGCACUCAAACCUAUCUCUUUUUGCGGCCCGCCUUGUCCAGAAUCUCUGCCCUAUCUCCUCAGAUAAUACAGACCGACCAUCAAGAUGAUCAUCUACAAGGACAUCAUCAGCGACGACGAGAUCAUCUCGGACUCGUACGACCUCAAGGAGGUCGACGGUGUCGUCUAUGAGGCCGACUGCGCCAUGAUCGUCGAGGGCGCCGUUGAAGUCGACAUUGGCGCCAACGCGUCCGCCGAGGAGCAGGAGGAAGGAGUUGAGGAUCAGGCCAUCAAGGUCAACAACAUCGUCCACUCAUUCCGUCUCCAGAGCACUCAAUACGACAAGAAAAGCUACCUCCUGCACCUCAAGGGCUACAUGAAGGCGCUCAAGACCAAGUUGCAGGAAGCCGGCAAGUCGGAGGAGGAGGUCAAGGAUUUCGAGGCCAAGGCCCAGGUCUUCGCCAAGAAGAUCAUCAACAACUUCAAGGACUGGGAGUUCUACACGGGCGAGUCCAUGAAUCCCGAUGCCAUGGUCGUCCUCCUCAACUACCGCGAGGACGGUAUCACCCCUUACGUCGUCGUCUGGAAGCACGGUCUCAAGGAGAUGAAGGUGUAAGGGGCUGGAGUCGCCUUGUCUAUAUACCAAGAUUCAUCCAAAAGACUUGGAGCCCAUUAUUCCCGCCCGCAUCGCUUUUCCUGCUUUCGGCAUAUGCAUGGACGUGCAGCACAUUGCGUCUGCUUGAGUUACCCCGUAGAGGCUGGGCGUAGCCAUCGCCUACCCAACAACGACGUAUUGAUGUCUCUG